AUGGGCUUCAAGAUCUCCAACUUUAUUGGUGAUCCGUUCGCCAUCGCCACCGUCAGUUUCGGUGUCAUAGCUUGGAUCGUCGCUAUUGCUGGCGGUGCUGCUUCCGCCCAACAUUCUUUCCCCAGAUUCACUUGGUGGGGUCUCGUCUACCAGAUUGUUUUGGUGAUUAUGAUUUUCGUGCUUUACGUCUACAACACCAUCGAAUUAUACAAGUUCACUCUUGUGGGCUUCUUGUCGGUGGCUUUCUUGUAUACCACAAACUCCACCAACAACUUGAUCUACAACUCCAACUCCUCCGGAAACUUGUGUUGUGCCGCGGGAUGUAUUUUGUUGUCCAUGCUCAACAUCCUUUGGAUCUUGUACUUUGGUGGCCACCCAGAAUCUCCUACAAAUCAGUUCAUUGAUUCAUUCUCCGUGAGAAAUAACGGUUUCCACGGUUCGCUUCCCGCUGGUGAGUACAAGGAGGAAGAGUUCGCUGUUCCUCGUAGUGCUUCCAACAACUACCACAACAACGACGACAGACACUCCCAAAACACCAACACUAAGUCGGCCUACAUGCUGUCGCUGCAGUUGAACGGCUUGGAGAACUUCUCCAACUCCAAUGUUCACAAUUCCAACCCUAACGUUCCUGGCCUGGUAAGAAACUCCACCAGAAACACCGUCUACAACCAACUGGAUGCCAAUGCCUUUGGUAUGCCCGCAGGUGUGUUUAGAUACAAGGCCCAGGCCUUGUACAGCUACGAUGCCAACCCUGAAGACAUCAACGAGAUCUCAUUCGUGAAGGACGAGAUCUUGGAAGUGGACGACAUCGAUGGUAAAUGGUGGCAGGCCAGGCGGUCAAACGGACAGGUGGGUAUCUGUCCAUCGAACUACGUGAAGCUCCUAGACUGA